AUGUUGAUCUUGUCUCGCUUUACGGUUGCUCUCACCUUCACAUCCUCUAUCUUCGGUGCUACUAUCCAUGCAGUACCCUCCCGCCGCUCUGGGGAGCUUUGGGAGGGAUUAGAACACGAAGACGUAGACCUAGGAGGUCUAGCACCCUCUCGCCGUUCUGGGGAGCUUUGGGAGGGGUUGGAACACGAAGAAGUAGACCUCGAAGGUCUAGCACCCUUUCGCCGUUUUGGGGAGCUUUGGGAGGGGUUGGAACACGAAGAAGUAGACCUCGGAGGUCUAGCACCCUCUCGCCGCUCCGGGGAGUUUUGGCUGAGAGCGGGACAUAAAGAAGUAGAUCUUAUACACUUUCGGAACUGA